AUGUCGCGAAAGGCAUCGGAAGCGGCCAAUAGCGAAGACCAGGCCAUUCAUUCAUCACGGUCUCAACACGAAACAAAGGACCGGGCUACAGCAUCAUCAUCGGCUGCUACAGGGACGUAUGAUGACAUGAGAUUUAAUACCUCGACAUCAAUCCCUUCCGCAGACAUCUUUGACAGUUCCUGGACACAAGUUGAGAGUUCUGAGAAGAAAUCCAGAUACCGCUUCGGAGCAACCAUAUCCUCGAGGAGCAUCUACGGAACUGUUCGUGAUGCAGAUGGUCCCAUAGGCAAAGUCUCGGUCAAAAUCGUUGGGAAAAAAGCGUUUGCCGGAGCAGCAAAAGCAGCAGUUAACGAGAUCAAUAUCCUACGGCGGAUUGAACACCCCAACAUAAUCCACCUCAUUGAUUGGUUUGAAUCAAGAGCUGAAUACUACAUUGUCAUGCAACAUAUCACUGGGGGCUAUCUAUUGAAACGUGUCUGUGAUCGAGGGAAAUUUACAGAGAGAGAUGCAGCAUCGAUGAUGUUACAAAUCCUCCGAGCUGUUUUAUAUUUGCACGAGAAUCUCAUCAUCCACCAUAACAUAACGCCCGAACACAUAUACUGUAUUAGUCCAGAUGUUGAUUCACCUGUCGUUUUGGCCUGCUUCGAUCAAUCGACCAUACUCUCCUCGCCAGAAGAAGUCUGCACAGAUCUUCUUGGGACAUUUGGAUAUGCAGCUCCGGAAGUAAUGACGAAAGAGGGACACGGGCUGCCGGCCGAUGUCUGGUCGAUUGGAGUUGUUGCUUAUGUCCUCCUCUGCGGCUACUUUCCUUUUAGGAGUACAAAUAUGAAGGAUCUUUACAAAGAGUGUACUCAGACGGGUGUCGUUUUUCACCAAGGAUAUUGGAAUGAUGUCAGUAGCGAUGCUAAAGACUUCAUCUCCCAGUUACUCAUUCCAGAUGUUCAAAGUCGAUUCACAUGCCAGGUAUGUCCGACCAAGAACUGUUAG